AUGACCAUCUUUGUGGCUACCCUAUUCCUCCCUUACACAGUCAACUUCGAUGCUCCAACCUCUAGGCCAGAGUCUCCCGUACUUCAGAGACUGGACUCUGCUGUCUCCCCAAAUCCCCCGCUUGACCAUCAACCUGUCAGUUUGUUCACCCCGACCGCGGGCAUAACGGCCAGUAUCGCUCAAAGUCCCGGUCCAAUAAUUCAAACUCCAGGAGCCACCACCGACCACGAAAAGAUCUUUCGUCCACAUAUCGAACGACCAAUCAGCUUGACCCUACCAAGUUCCAGACAAAACUCCGCUAGUUCGGUGAUUAGGGAUCCCCGAACUGUUUCUCGACAUGACCUUCAUUCGCCGGGCUGGGGAAAGGCCCAUGCGUGGAAUCAACCACCAUCACGAGCAAAAUCGCCUCCGCCGAGCUCCAUUCUAAAACACGCUGUCGCCAGUGUUAAGGAGAAGGCAACACCUGUCCUCUACAAUUCAACAAGCAAGCUGGGACGGCGACAGGGAUCCAGAACCGUCACUCAUGAAAGAAGCUUCUCGGAAUACAGCUAUACAGUUGAGAAAGCUCUCAUCGGCAAUGGAGGUCUAUUCAAUGCGAUCGAUGCUGCGGCGGAGGCUGAGAUUCUCGAGGAAAAGACCUGGGUGGGAACCUUGGGUUGUCCAAUCGAUGUCUUGGAAGAUCACUUGAAAGAGAACAUUGCCGAAAAGCUUGAAAAUGACUACGACUCACUAACGGUCUAUGUCAGUGACAGUGAUCUCAACGGUCACUAUGAACAUUACUGCAAGACCAUUCUGUGGCCGGUCUUUCACUAUCAGAUCCCGGACCAUCCCAAGAGCAAGGCCUACCAAGAUCAUUCUUGGAUCUUCUACGUCAAAGUCAACGAAGCGUUUGCGGAUCGGAUUGCCAAGAAUUACAAGAAAGGAGAUAUCAUCUGGGUUCAUGACUACCAUCUGCUCCUGGUCCCUGGUUUACUGCGACAGAAACUGCCCGACGCGGAGAUCGGGUUCUUCCUUCACGCCGCGUUUCCGUCGUCGGAGAUCUUCCGAUGCUUGGCAGCCCGAACCGACCUGCUGGAAGGAAUUCUGGGAGCCAACAUGAUCGGCUUUCAAAAUGACGAGUACUGUCAUCAUUUCCUCCAAACCUGCAGUCGUCUCUUGAAUGUCGAAGCUACCAAACACGGAGUCAUCCUGGAAAAUGGAAGAUUCGUCCACGUCAACACCUGCCCCAUCGGGAUUGAUCCCAAAACCCUCGACCAGCAACGACGAUUGCCUGAAGUGAGGGAAUGGAUUCAGACCAUCACGGAGAAAUAUCGUGGCAAGCGCAUCAUUGUUGCUCGAGACAAACUGGACAACAUCCGUGGCGUGCGUCAGAAGAUUUUGGCGUACGAGUUGUUUCUCAACAAGUAUCCGGAAUACAAGGAUAAGGUCGUUCUCAUCCAGAUUGCCACUUCGUCCACAGAAGAUCCCGAAUUGAGUGCCACGGUGGCCGACAUCGUCACUCGCGUCAAUUCCACUCAUUCCACCCUGGCCCAUCAGCCCCUUGUGUUCUUGAAGCAAGAUAUCGAUUUCGCCCAAUAUUUGGCUCUUCUCACCGUGGCGGAAUGCUUGAUGAUUACCAGCUUGCGAGAAGGAAUGAACCUGACCAGUCACGAAUUUAUCGUUUGUCAGGAUGGCCAAGUCACCGACACCAAGCACGGCCCGUUGAUCCUUAGUGAGUUCACGGGUUCCGGCACCGUCUUUGGACACGAUGCGAUCCUGAUCAACCCAUGGCAUUACAGCCAGUGUGCCGACGCGAUCAAAGAAGCUCUUGAUAUGUCCCCCCAAGAACGAGAGCGACGCUGGAAAGCCAUGUACGAUACUGUCGUCAACCAGAACGCCAUUGGUUGGUUCGAGUUGUACGUCAAGGCCUUGAAUCACGCGUGGAAGGAACAUUCUAUCCGCGACUCUACCUCAGUUCCGCGAUUGUCCCUCUCUGCGGUCAGGUCAAAAUAUCGGAAGGCGUCGAAACGUUUGAUCAUCCUUGACUAUGAAGGGACUUUGGCAUCGUGGGGCUCCCCCACCGAUAUUAUCUUGACCACUCCCAAACGAUCCGUGGAUGUCCUGAACGAUCUGAUUGAGGACAAGAAGAAUAUUGUGUAUGUUAUGAGCUCCAGGAUGCCCGAGGAAAUGGAGAGACUGUUCAGUCCGGUGACCGGUAUUGGCAUGAUCGCAGAAAAUGGUGGGUUUGUCAUGGAACCAGGCUCGGACGAAUGGGAGGAAUUGACCAACCUCGAACAUGCCAAAACGUGGAAGAACGGGGUUAAGAGCAUUCUUCAAUACUAUGUGGACAGAAUCGAGGGAAGCAGAAUGGAGGAACGACAUUCAUCGUUAAUCUUCGACUACACGGAGGCAGAUGAUGUGCCCAGUGCCUUCAAACAAGCCGGUGAAUGCGCCAAUCAUAUCAAUGAUGCCUGCCGAGGACAGCAUGUCAGUGCCGUGCCCAUUGAGGACGGAUUGUUUAUUUCGGAAAUGGAUGUCAACAAGGGAUUGGCAGCCCAGUUUAUCAACGACAAGCUUGAAAAGUUGAAAGAGGAAACGGGCGAACCACGACCGGAUUUCCUCAUGGUUAUCGGAGACUCGAGAGAAGACGAGUAUGUGUUCAACUGGGCCCAUCGACUAGAGAAGGCUGGGAAGGUUCGAGAUGUGGUGACGGUGACUUUAGGUGCCAGAAGCACAGAAGCAUCGGCCACGUUGACUCAAGGUGUAACUGGGGUGUUGUCCAUUCUGGAGAAACUUGCGAGGACUUCACAGCAAUGA